AUGGCUCCACUCUUCAUCUCCUUGCAAAUGUUCCUGGUUUUCAGUUGUUGCAUAUUAUUGCAUGCAACAACCGUGACAUGCACAACCAAAAUGGUGUCUUCCACAAACUCGUCCUUGUGGGUCGGACCUACCGGACGUAGAGUAAUCACCGUCGACAUUAACGGUGGAGGCCAUUUCCGAUCAGUCCAAGCCGCCGUCAAUGCUGUCGCGGACAACAACAGCAUGAACGUCCUUAUUCAAAUUAGCCCCGGAUAUUACAUAGAGAAGGUGGUAGUGCCCGUGACGAAGCCGUACAUUACAUUUGAAGGAGCGGGAAGAGAUGUGACGGUGAUAGAAUGGCAUGAUAGGGCCAGUGACCCUGGUCCCAACGGCCAACAACUGCGUACUUACAGAACAGCUUCUGUUACAGUUUUUGCCAACUAUUUCUCUGCUAGGAAUAUCAGCUUCAAGAACACUGCUCCGGCGCCGAUGCCGGGAAUGGAGGGGUGGCAAGCGGCGGCGUUUCGCAUUUCCGGUGACAAAGCCUAUUUCUCCGGCUGCGGGUUCUACGGCGCACAAGACACUCUUUGCGACGAUGCUGGUCGUCAUUACUUCAAAGAAUGUUACAUCGAGGGUUCCAUUGAUUUCAUUUUUGGAAAUGGCAGGUCCAUGUACAAGGAUUGCAGGCUACACUCAAUUGCCACGAGGUUUGGGUCAAUAGCAGCCCAAGAUAGGAGAUCCCCAUACCAGAAAACGGGCUUCGCAUUCGUACGAUGCAAGGUGACUGGAACAGGCCCGAUUUAUGUGGGCCGUGCAAUGGGCGAGUACUCUAGGAUUGUCUAUGCCUACACCUACUUCGACAACAUAGUUGCACAUGGUGGUUGGGAUGAUUGGAACACAUCCUACAAUAACAAGACUGUGUUCUUUGGAGUGUACAAAUGCUGGGGACCAGGUGCUGCGGCUGUACGUGGAGUCCCAUUAGCCCAAGAGCUAGAUUUUGAAUCUGCCCAUCCAUUCCUGGUCAAGAGUUUUGUUAAUGGGAGACACUGGAUGGCACCCUCUGAUGCUUAG